AUGUUUGAACGCUUAGAUUUGACUAAACAUUUGAGGCUUGUAGACCCAAGGUACCCAUUGUACCCUGUCAAAGGGUUGAGACCAUCAUCACUGCGCAAAUCAUCCUCCGCCAGCAGCAGCAGCAUCAACAACGCCUGCCCCCCGCCGCCGCCCACGCCGCACCAAGUGAACCCCGCCAGCAGCAGCAGCACCACCACUCCGCCCCACACCCAGCAUCCGUAUCCGCAUCCGCAUCCGCAACCGCACCACCAUCCGCUGCAGCACCAUACGCAUCCGCAUCCGCAUCCGCAUCCGCAGUACCAGAACCACCAGCACAGGCGCAGCAGCAGCAGCAGUCACACCAGCCACGCGGAAAACUCGAGCGGCUUGGCCACCAAACCGGCCAUCAAUUUGCUCGGCAAUCAGCUGCAGGCCCAUUACUUCGAGUACCCGCCCACCGCUCCUGGCCAGGCGUUGUUGCACCACCACAGCGGUCGCACUGCAAUCUCCACACCUUCGCUGAACUCCCAUUCCCGCUCGCAAUCGCAGCAGCUCCACCAACUCCCAUCCGGCACCACAGUCCACGGCGGACAGUAUAGUACGGCUGUUGCCAAAGCGGCCGCCUCCACCGCCUGUGCGCUCCUUGCCACGUGCCACGUGUCCAGAGAUACCGAUUUCGAUUUCGAUUUCGAAUCCGAUUCCCCCCGACAUCAGCAGCACCUGAAUCAGAACCAGCACCAGCACCAGAGCCAGAGCCAAACCCAAAGCCAGAAACACCAGCAUCAAGACCCGGAGGACCAUCAGCCAACCGCAAACAAAAUGGGUCGACGCGAGAUAAAGCGCUCCAAUACCAGUGGCUCCACCACCAGAUCCUACGACAGCGGCAGCGCAACCACCAACUUUGUCGGCAAGUUCACGCAGAGCGUGCGGCGAAUCGUGCAGGAUGUGAAGGACGAGGGGGCGCCCAGCGGCAUGACGCGGGACGAGGUGAUCGAGACGAACGAGCGGCUGCGAUCCCUGCGACUGCGCCUGGAGGAAUCCUACGAGACCGCCAAGAAGGCGCUGAUCAACCUCAUGAACAAGUACGGCGACUCGAAGAGCCAGCGCAACAUGUUCCAACGCUAUCCCAUGCUCAAGCUCAUGAUUAAGGAAGUCAUCCGCCUGGAGACCCAGUACUGGACCCUGGUGGACAUCCCUCGGCAGGAGAAGCAGGAGACGGUGCCCUCCUACGUGAUGCGCGCCUGCUCCAUCAUGGAGAAGACCCAGAAAUCCGGCGAGGGUGUGAAGACCUCCGCCCGACUGGCAGAGGAGGCGGCCGAGCGGCGGGAGCGCAUGGAGCGAUUGGAACAUAUGACAACUGCCCAAAUCGAACACGAGAACACGCAGCUGAUAAACGACUUGUACCGCUUGCUGAAAAAGUAUCUGGGAUUGCGACACCUCAUCCGUGUGCUGAAGGAGGAGUACGGCAGCUCGAAGAUGUAUCCGAUAUUUCCACGCUACACAAUGCUCAAGGACAUGAUAAAGGGCAUCAUGCACGAUCCCGACUACAUGGAGGUGUGCCACGAAACACUGGCCAACGCCAACUGAGCCGAGGGCACCGGAAAUGGCAGGCGUCGCAUGAGUGUCAUUUGAGAGGGCCCAAAAACUAAUAGCAAUACCAAUACAAACAGCAGCAUACACAGGCGCAGGACCUAGGACCUCAGCCAGAGUGUAUGCAUGAGUGCUGAAUUCGCAUGCGAAUUUCUGAGUGAUUCCGAGGUGAUUUAGAAAUUUCCGAACAGCUUCUUUGAAACUCCUCCCCAAAGAGUGGGUUUCACCAACCUCUUUCGGCCCUUCUAGCCAACACUCAAAGGCAAGCCAAGACAAACUAUUCAACCAACUAACAAACUAACUAACAACACCCAGACCCCACCACCACCCACCACCAACUGAACAAGGAACUAUUUACACUACAUUAUCAAAUACAAACACUUGGAUACUCUUCGGCACUAAAGUGCCAGCAAACAAACUAAAAGGCAUUUAUUUUAAUGAACUUUUGAGAUGAAUACAAAGUAAGACCUACAAAAUACAAAAAACAAAACACAUGAUAUUUAUUGAUAAAAUAGUGAACGAUGCGCUCAAAACGAUGAACAAAUAUCAAAUGGAAAAUCAAACAAAACUUUGUGGAAUUUGUAUGUACUACUUACAAUAAACAGAACCUAGUAUAAUACACAUAAAUAUAGAGAAAGAAGAAUAUAUGUGAAAUAACCAUACUAAACUACAGCAGUUGAUAGGGAGCAUUGAUAUGAAAUGGCUAAUAACAAAUUGUAAACUCUUUGGUUUGGCUUGACUUUGUCACCUUUCUGUUUCCUUUGAAGUAAAGAACUGGUCGAUUAGCCGUUAGCAAAAUAUUAUACUAAUUACCGAGGUGUAUCAAAUUAUAUUAUAUAAACCCUAUGCCUAGAUGUAUUACUUACCUAGUUAGACAAUAUGAGGGAAAUAUUCCCAAUCGAUGUGAGCAAGUACGAGAACUCUUAACACCUUUUAAGACAACACCAAUUCGUGGAGACGUUGAGGAACCCAUAUCCUAGAACCUAUCUGAUUGUUGAUUUCCAGGUUUUGCCAGUAACUAUUAGUAACAAGCAAAUGCUUUAUGUGUGUAUCGCAACGUUCAGCUUUAAGUCCUCUGCAAUACGCAAAAGUUCAGAUAAUGUGUAUUCAUGUAUUUGCUGUUGUACAUACCUUGUAGCUUUGUAAUCCCUCAAUUCAAGGACAUAAUGCAAACACUGAAAUACAAAAGACCAAAGGAAAACCUA